ACGUCCCUGUUGCCUCUUCCGACACGACACUUACAAGGGGCUGCAUGUGUUAUUUCGGGGAUUAACAAAUGUAAAAACAAUUAAGGUUGACAACUACAGGUCUUAAAACAUGAGCACGCUAUGGAUGGGAAACUUGGAGCCCUACAUGGACGAAAACUUCAUAACUCGAGCCUUCGGCACUAUGGGGGAGUUGGUGGUGAGUGUACGGAUUAUACGCAACAAGAUGACCGGUAGGGGUGCAGCAGGCUACUGCUUCGUGGAGCUGACGGAUGAAGCCACCGCUGAGCGGUGUCUCCGUAAAGUCAAUGGAAAAGCACUGCCAGGAGCCACACCACCCAGAAGAUUUAAAUUAAACCGGGCCACUUUUGGGAAGCAAGGAGAAAGCAGUCCACUCUAUUCCCUGUUUGUUGGGGAUCUCACACCUGAAGUGGAUGACGGGAUGCUGUACGAGUUCUUCUACAACCGCUACCCUUCCUGUCGUGGGGGGAAGGUGGUGCUGGAUGGCACGGGCAACUCCAAGGGUUGUGGGUUUGUCCAGUUCCCAGACCAGAGGCUUCAGAAGCUGGCCUUGGAGGAGUGUCAGGGAGCGAUGGGGCUCGGGAGCAAGCCCCUACGACUGAGCCUCGCUGCUAACAAAACGAGGCAUAAUCAAUCAGACAACAGGGGGUGGGGGUCACAUGGAGGAGGCUACAGACACAACCAGCAACAAUACAAUCAACAGUCAUAUGGUGGUGGAUGGGGCUCUUGGGGCUACGACCAGAAUGGAGGCAACUAUGGUGGCUACAACUACAACCAGUAUGAUUACACACAGAAUCCUGCACAGGAAAAUGAAGCUGUUGAAGAGGAUGGUCUGGAAGAUCCUAACCCAGAGCUGGAUGUGUUGGAAGCCAACAGGAAGUUUAUGGAACACAGUGAGGAACUGUAUGAUGCCCUUAUCCAGUGCCACUGGCAACCCUUGGAAUCCUCAGAACAAGCAUUUGGAACCACGAGUAGCCUUCCAGAACCUGUCUACUGUUGAGGCAUACAAUGGAAUGGCAAUAUCCUCUUUUGCCAUGUUCUUUGGUCUUUCAUAUUAUAUUCUGUAAAUGUUUGAUCAUGGAAAGGUUAAAGACAUAUCCCCAGUCCUUGGCCAUAACUGCCAUUUGCUUUACAAUACUUUUUUUUUUUUUGUUAAUUGACAAAUGUUUUAUUUUGUGUAUCUUUAUAAAAGUCAUGCUGUGCCUAAGAAUAA